UAAAUAAACGAAAUUCAAUCCCCCCGACUCUGUUACUAAACCUAACCCCGACAGCAAUCCCCGAACGCGAACGUGGCGACCGACCUGCGGCUCCCCCGUCCGGCGACGACCUGAGCCCUCCACCUCCUAGAAAAGGCAGCUCCCCGACCCGGUCCGACCCCCCGCUGCUCCCGGCGGCUGCCCUACCAGACCCCUGCACCUCUACGACCUGACCCCUCCACCUCCACAAACGCCGGCGGAGGGAUAAGCAGAACGCCUUGCUGAAGGAGCAGGGGAUCAGUUUCGUGCCGUCGGACGAUCCCUUCAGAUUCGGAGCGUGAGGUGAGCAGGAGGACAAGAUGGGAGAGAGGAAGGUGCUGAACAAGUACUACCCCCCGGACUUCGACCCGUCGAAGCUGCCUAGGGUUCGGAGGGACAAGAACCAACAGAUCAAGGUGCGGAUGAUGCUCCCCAUGAGCAUCCGCUGCAACACAUGCGGCAACUACAUCUAUAAGGGCACCAAGUUCAACUCCCGCAAGGAGGACGUAGAAGGCGAGAAAUAUUUAGGUAUCCAAAUAUUCAGGUUCUACUUCAAGUGCACGAGGUGCUCGGCCGAGCUUACGAUGAAGACCGAUCCCAAGAACUCAGAUUAUGUUGUGGAGUCAGGUGCGACGCGUAAUUUCGAGCCUUGGCGUGCUGAAGAUGAGGAAGAGGAUAAUGUGAAAAGGAAGAGGGAGGCUGAGGAGAUGGGUGAUGCUAUGAAAUCGUUGGAGAACAGAACGCUUGAUUCGAAGAGAGAGAUGGAUAUUCUUGCAGCACUUGAUGAGAUGAAGUCCAUGAAGUCUCGGCAUGCGACCGUGAGUUUGGAUGAAAUGCUGGCUGCCUUACAGCGCUCAUCAGCAGAUAAGGAAAAGAAAUUGGAAGACGAAGAUGAAGCUCUUAUAAAGUCCAUAGUGUUUCAUGGAUCAAAAGACUUUGUCAGAAGAAUAGAGGAGGAUGGUGAUUCUGAAGAUGAUGGAGAUCAAGCUGAGCCAUCAGGUGAAUCGCAUGGUGAUAGCUCUAAGAAGAGAAAGAUUUCGCAAGAAUUCUCUGCUAAUCCUACAGAUUCAUUGACCAAAGCUAGCGUUAAUGACAGCAUCGAUGAUAACUCUAGCAAUAAAGGAAAUCCGAAUGGUUCUCGGGACAAUGGCGACACUAAGUUUGUGUUCGGUUCUUCAACUGUUCGAGUUUCAGUUGUGAAGAAACCUGCUCCAACUUCUGCCCAAAAUGAUUCUGCAAAAGUUGAAGAGAGCAAGAAAGAUGGAGUGGACAAGCUCGUCAGUGCCGAGUCUGGGCUACUAUCACUGUGUCAAAGCUACGGAAGCGAUGACGACGACGAUGAGUGAGUGGAAAUUUCCAAGUAAUUUGAACUUCUUACAUCUCUGGAGAAACUUCGUUGUUUGUAGUCUUUCAGACUCAAACAACGGAUUUGUUGUGACAAGAAACGGUGAAUUUCACUGUAGGCAAAAAGCAAAGUUUCUCAUUCGAUCGGGGUCAGGAUCGGGGUCAGGACUCGAGGGAAUGACAUUGAGUGUGUUGUACAUAGAAGAUUUAGUCAAAUAGAGUUGUUUGGGGCGCAAGUGGCUCCAUCAUCUUA